GGUUUACGGAGCCGCGGGAGCAAUGUGUCGCUCGCUAGUAAGUCGCGCGCAAUCGAUGUAUUUUUGUUUCCAUGGCAACCUCGGGGGUUGCCUUCUUCGCGCUUACGAGUGGCGUCUACGUUUGCUUUGGCGACGCCGCUAAAUUUCCGUGCCUGUCGGCUACCCCUAGCAGGAAAGCGAGUGUUUUCCAUUGUGUUUAAGAGGACAAGUGCGUUCGAGUGUCAAGCGUCUCCCCUUUGCUGCCGUCCAAGGUGAAGGAAGGAAGCCAAGAUGGACGGAACGCAGCAGGUCAGCCUGCAGGUGGCAGGUUCCUUCAAAGCUUUCCUCAUGAAGAGCAGCAGCAAGAGCAACUUAAACCUGUACGACCACCUUUCUCGCCUGCUGAUGCGCGUGAUCGAGGAGCGUCCUCACGACGUGGUGGACGUGAUGGAGGACCUAAGUCACGAUGUGAAGCUGCGCCUUUACCAGGACACGCAGAGCAGCCUCCAGGACCUCCAGCAGACCACCGCUGCCGAGGAGUUGGCAGAGCAGCAAAAGGUUCUCUUUGUCAGGCCUGAGGACGCCCCCGAGCAUGAAUUCGAGUUGGAGUCGGCCCUUCCUAACGUGAGCGAGAUCGCAUACUUCCUGGAGCAGGCGGGCGUGGGCCUGGGCCGCGAAGAGAUGCAACGGGUGUUCCUGGCCCUCAAGCAGCUGGUGUCGUCCUACACUAUGCAGCGGUGUCGCCUGUGGGGCAAACUUCUGGGCAUCGAGAGGAGCUACAUCAUUGCCGAGGCUGAGUUCGCAGAGGGCGAGGAGGAGGACGAGGAUGGGCCCGAGGAGGUGGCUGACGACGAGGCCCGGGAGGUUGACGCCAAGGAAAAAGCCGAGCGUGAGAUGGAUCCCCUCCCCCAGUCGACGUACAAAGCUCCCCCCGUGGUUCCCAAGGAGGCCAAAGGAACCGGAGCCAACAAGUUUGUGUACUUUGUGUGCAACGAGGCGGGCCUGCCGUGGACCAAGUUGCCGUCUGUCACGCCGGCCCAGAUCACGGUGGCCCGCCAGAUCCGCAAGUUCUUCACGGGCAGGCUGGAUGCCCCCAUCGUUAGCUACCCGCCCUUCCCAGGCAACGAGGCCAACUACCUGCGGGCGCAGAUUGCCCGCAUCUCGGCUGGCACGCAGAUCAGCCCGCAGGGCUUCUACCAGGCCAUCGAGGAGGAAGGCGCUGAGGAGGAGGGCUCCUCUGAGGAUGGCAUCGAAGAGAACCCCGAGUACGAGGGUGUCCCAGUUGGGGAGCUGGUAGACUCCUUGUCCUCGUGGGUGCAUCACACGCAGCACAUCCUGCAGCAGGGCCGCUGCACCUGGGUGAACUUGGCCGUGAAGACGGAAGACGAGUCCAACGAUGAGGAGGGUGAGGAGGUCGAGGAGGACCCUGACGAGCCCGAGCCCGAGGUGGGCCCCCCACUGCUCACGCCGCUCUCCCAGGACGCAGAAAUCUUCGAGACGGUUCCUUGGAGCUCCAGCCUGUCGUCCACGCUCACCUCCCAGCACGCCAUCGCCAUCAUGCGCUCCAACUGCUGGCCGGGGGCGUGUGCCUACGCUUACGCUAUGAAGUUUGAGAACAUCUACAUGGGCUGGGGGCUGAAGUACCCGGGUGACGGCUACAGCCCACUACUCCCGCCCGCGCCCCAGAGUGAGUACCCCAGUGCCCCCGAGAUCACUGAGGAUGUGGACCCCACUGUGGAGGAGGAGCAGGCCCUGCAGGACGCGUUGGACGAGAAGCAGGCGGCCGAGGAGGCUGAGGAGGGAGACUCGGACGAGGAGCAGGAUGAGGAGGACGACUGAGGCCGUCACGCUUAAACGUCGCAAACGUCAACCAUUGGUUUAAUUUUGAUUGUGUUUUUUUAAUAAUGGCGGGACAUUUUUAAAUUGUUCUGCUUUUUAGAUUUUUACAAAUAGACACACCUAAAUAUCUUAAUUCUUUAUGAACUGAUAUACAUAUUACAGAUACUAUGGUCGUUACAAUCUUUAACAGAUAAUAACCGACAUUUGUUUAAAUUUAAUAUUAAACCGGAAGCUUUAGAGAAAUCGUCAAUAAAUUGUAGGGCGAUUGGCGGCUGACUUGUGUUUUUAAGAAAAAUUGUAGUGUCAUCUGCCAGUUGACUAAUGACAAUCUCUUUGUCUGCUAUAGAUAUUGCUUUCAUGGCAUUAUUAGAGAUUUGAGAUGCAAGAAUUUGGGUACAUAGCAAAAUAAGAUAAGAACUCAUUGAGCAUCCCUGGCGUACGCCUCGAUGAAGACAGAAACGAGAUGUUGUGCCGGUUUUCAUUGUUUAAGCUAUUUGUGUACAAGUACAAAUUCUUGACAAGCAUUGCAAAACACAAAACCAAAUUAUUGGAGUGUGACAAAUAUAAAAUUGUGCUCAAUUCUGUCAAAGGCUUUGUAGAAAGGACACAUGAAUUGUCAACUACCAGCUCUGAGUAGUCCAAAAUGUCCAAGAUAAGUCCGAUGUUAUUAGGGAUGUGUCUAUUUGUCAUAAAUCCAGAUUGGCAUCUAUAAUGGUGUCUAAAACUUGUUUCAUUCGCCUGGCUAGCAAUAAGGCUAUUAUUUUGUAAACAUUGUUUAAGAGACUUAUUGGCCUCCAAUUAUCAAUGGCGAGUAAAUCCUUUUUGGUCUUAGGAAUUAAGUUAAUAAACAGAGAUGGGACCAAGU